AGAAAAGAUGGAAGAGCGGAAGACAGAGUCACGUUCACGUUGGUUGGUUCCUUCCCAACAUAUGCAUGACAUGAUCAUGGAGUUGUUUUUUCAAAGGGACCCAUUAUGCCCGUUUGGUUCAUAACAGAAUUGACCUGGUUUCUUAAAUGCCCUGAAGAUGCAGUCUCUAAUUGAAGAUGGCAACCAAACCCCCACCUGUUGAUAUUCAUGGCCUAAAUCGAGCUAUUUUAUAAGAAGCAUUGAAAAAGACUGAUGGGAUUUGAGACUCUGAGAGUGUUAAAUGUUGGGGUUGCUGGUUUCUAUAUAUUGAAUCCUUAAAAGUUCAAUUAGGAUCUGUAAAUUUCUUUCUGUUUUAGAAAAUGGAGGAAGAAGGCAAAUCUUUAGCCAUUACCCCGACAUGGGCUUUGGCUUCAGUAAUCACUUUUAUGGUUUCUUUAGGGUUCUUCUUUCAAUUCUCUUUGGAACGAUUUGGAAAGUGGUUGGAUAGGACUAAGAGGAAAGCACUACUUUCAGCUUUGGAGAAGAUCAAAGAUGAGCUAAUGCUUUUUGGGCUUUUGUCAUUGCUGAUGGGUCACUGGGUUGUAUUUGUGGCCAAGAUUUGUGUGAAAUCAUCAGAUAUGAGCAGCAGAUUUUUCCCAUGUGCAAUUAUUGAUGAGUUCAAAUUAGAAGAACACAGUCUUGAUUCAGCUGCUAGUUAUACCAAUGAUUCAACAGCUACCUCUAUUAAAACUUGCUGA